UACUCGCGGUCGCAGCGUAAUCGUAAUCGGUGUAUAUUUUAUUGUAAAUUAAGAUAUUUAUUAUUUCGAAGUUUAUAUAAAUUGUUCGUGUGGUUAAUUAGAUUAGAGAUAAUUCAUACUGAACAUACAUAAUUAUUAGAUUUCGACUAACGUAUAGAGAAGUUACUUGUAAUUGUACCAUGGAGGAUGUAAAAAAUAUUCGUGUAACCCCUAUGCCAGAAUCUAAAUACGUGAAGCCGCUAAGGUUCCACUACACUCAGAAUGGGAAGGAAAAGAACUGGGAUCUACUGGCAGUUCACGACAGCGUGGCUAUCGUUAUUUACAAUGUUACGAGAAAAGUUUUGGUGUUAGUUAAACAGUUCCGUCCAGCCAUGCACUUCAACAGCAUUCUCCCAGAAGACCGUGAUAAGGAAACCAUAGACAUUGAGAAAUAUCCUCCGUCUCUGGGACUGGCUCUCGAGAUAUGCGCUGGGAUUGUAGACAAGGACAAAUCAGUGGUGGAUAUAGCCAUUGAAGAAGUGUUGGAAGAGUGUGGCUAUAAUGUUCCCGCUGAAAAAAUGGAAAGGAUUAUUUCUUACAGAUCAGGAGUUGGUGUGCAAGCUGCACUACAGACACUCUUUUUCUGUGAAGUGUCAGAUGACAUGAAAACUGAACGUGGCGGAGGAGUUGAUGAUGAACUCAUUGAUAUUGUGGAGAUGACAAUUCCCGAGAUGGAAAAGUUACUGAGCUCUCCGGGACCUGUGCAGAGCCCACCCAGCUUCCUAUUCGCCAUGAUGUGGUUCUUGCACAACAAGGCUAGCAAGUAUAUUCGGUCGUUCGACUACACUUGCUCUGAAUGCAAAAAGCACAAGGAACGAGCUUGGGAUUGGCUCAUACAGUGACAGUAAGUAGGCAAUAGAAGGCAAGAAUAUUACAUCUUUUACCUUGAUAAAAUGUUAAUUUAUUCCUGUUUAAAUGUAUUGUUAUUCCUGGUUAUAAAUGCAUAAUUUGAAACUGUGAUUAUUGUUAAUGUGUUUUUGAAAUAUGAAAUUGUUAAAAAGGAA